UUUGUUACUGCGCUUACUGUUAAUAUAUUCACACGAAUCAGUCGAGCGUGUACAUUUACUACUCAGGUUUUUGUAAACAAAUCAACAUUUUAGUGGGAGGACGUUUGCAUUCCGGAGCUAAUAGCUGUCAAAUACGAUACAUUUACUCGCAAUUAGUUUUGUGGGAGACAGUAUACUACACGGAUUAUAAUACAUAUGCUCAUAAAAAGGCGGAAUAAAGCCGUUACAAAACCAAACCGGAUAUCAAACUUCUGAUUGGACAAGUUAAACAACAUACAAUAGCAGCCAUGGGUCUCAACUGUGGAGGAAAAUGUGGGAUGUUCUUCCUGAUAACUAUCAACGGAAUAUUCCUGAUUUUGGGAAUCGCUCUGUUGAUCGUGGGCAUUCUCUUGAAAGUCGACAGUGACGUCAUUGAUGAUGAAAAAAUUGUGUCGACACUGAACGAGGUCCAAAUAAACAACCUGAAGCUGGGAAGCCUCGCUUCCAGUCUUCCCGUCAUCCUCAUCGUCAUCGGCGUCAUCGUCCUCAUCAUUUCCGGUCUGGGAGUGUUUGGCGCGUGCUGUAAGAACAGAUGCAUGUUGGUUGUGUACGCAAUUAUUGUAUUGUUGCUGUUGAUCCUUCAAAUAGCUGCCAUCGCUCUGUUCGCAAUCAUGAAAAGCAAGGUUGAGGAUGAGGUUCAAGGCAAGCUCUCUAAUUCUCUUGAGAAGAAAUACAAGGGCGUGAGCUCCACUGAGGAAAUCUCAAAGGGCUGGGACCUUAUCUUUAUAAAUUUCCAGUGCUGCGGUGUUAAAGCAGUUGUCCCAACGGCCGUCAGCAACGACCAGGAAUUCUACUCGGGCGAGGCCGAUUCCUUCUGGGCGAGAAAGACGCUGAGCGACAAAGUGCCCGCUAGUUGCUGUGUGGCCGCCACUCAGGAAAACUUCGCUACGUACACGGAAGAUGCAUGCACUCAGCUUACUGAUGCCAGCAAAUACCGGACAAAGGGUUGUUACCAGGCGAUCAAAGAUUACAUUCUGAAAUACCAGGCAGCGGCUAUUGGCAUUGGAGUCGCGCUUCUGAUUAUCGAGCUUAUCGGCAUCAUAUUUGCUUUCGUGCUGUGCAGGGCUAUUGGCAAGUCGAUGGACAUCGUGUAACAGACCAACAAACAGUCCACCGUCCUGCUUGAAAUCGGCCUAAGCCAUAAUGGAACUUACGUCAUAAAUAUCAUAGAAGUAUACAGUGUAAGAACGGAAUAUCACGGAAAUCAAUCCCCGCAACUACGCAAGAUAAUGGUUUAUUAAUUUAUGUUCUGUCUAUGUGUAUAUAUACACAGUUUAACUUGUUUCUAUUUUUAAAAUAUUCAUUGAACAGUUAAUACAAUAGACUACAUUACUGGACUGGUAAAACUAGGAUCAUCAUACAACAUUACUACUUUGGUUAAAUCAUCUGUGUUAACAGCUUUAUCAUGUUUAUACACGCAAAAAAGGUUUUCCAUUACAUAUUGAUAUAUCUAUAUAAUUUCCAAACUUGUUUAAGUAUAAAGUGUAUCAUAUAAUUAUUAUUCAUUGCGUAGUUUUCGCAUCAACGAGUAAAUUGAAGACUCACAUAUUGCUUUAAACUUUCGUUUUCCAUCAAUUGCUUUACUUCACUACACCUACUUGAUGUGAGAAAUACAAUAAGGCCUAAUAUGUUUUACGAGAAAGUGAACAGUUUUAAGGUACAUUCCGAUGUUCAUUAACAUUAAUAUAUUAACAUGAUAAUAUCAGUAAAUGAGGGCUGAUCAAAAUACGGGCACUUGUGCUUUAAUUCAAAACUAUUUAAGCAAAAGCUUUCUAUUAAACUACACAUUAUCUGUAUUGUCAACAAAAUCUUGAACCAACAAUCAAUGCAAUAUUGGGCUAAUUUCAAGUAUACAAGUCACAGACGCAAAGUAGAAGCUCUCUGGGCUUAGGUUUGCGGGCCCCUGUUUCUCGGGCACCUGUUUCCGGGCCCCAGUUUCUCGCGCCCCGUUUCUGGAACAACCUUAAGUUACUUAUCGAUCUUAGAACAUUUAUUUUGUUUUUGUUGUUUGCAACUAUUAUUCUUUUUUUAAAAGUUGAGUGAAUUGUUAAGAAAAUUAUGUUUAAAAUAAUCAAACCGUACUAUAUUUAUCUCGUAAAGUCAAGCUAAAUUAUUAAUUUGUCGAAAUAAAAUAAGAUAUUCAUGCCUGUUAAUUCUGAGAGUAUUCGAUGAAUUUGGGCCGGUAGUUUUUACCACCCCUCAAACACUUAAAGCCAUGGGCGUUUCUAAAGUUGGAGCCAAAGUGCAUGACGUUCCUCCAGCAGAACUGAUAGCUCUGUAUCCUCCAUCUGUUGUGGGCGUACAAUGUAUACCAAUAAAGCGAGAAGUACGAAUGAAAGUUCACAUCAUACGGGGUAUAAGUGUGACAAUGCUCAAACAAGCAUAAACAUCAUCGCUGGCCCAAUUUCUCGAAACAACUUAAGCUUAACAGGCUUACGUAGCUUAUUUCACAUAGCCAAAAUACAUACUUAAAUUUGAUUUCGGUUAAUGAAAAAAAAUAUACAUGCAUGAGAUUAUCAUCGACGUAAUUCCUAUUUAUUUAAAGUCUAAAAUCUCUAAAAAAGAAGAAAAUAUUACACAAAUUAUAGGAACACACAAAUAGCGAGAUUAGAUUAAUCCUGUUAUAAGGGAUGUAAGAUGUUUUGAUAACUUUGGGCCAUUGAUGCUUACAUUUUUUAUCUUAAGGGUUGAAUUAUUUUUCCAAAGAAGUAACUUGCUUUCAUUCAAGGACAUCUUUUUUCAUUUUUGUUUGUACAGCUAAACUUUCAAGAUAAUUACGUCAUUUUUAAUGAUUGCUGUAUUUGUUAGCAAACCACACUUGCCCACUUAUUUCACUCUCUUCACCAUCUUGUAACGCAAACUUUAUACCAAUUUUCAGACUCAAAUAACUUUUUUUCUGAUUUGAUAUCCCUGCAUGUGUUUUGUUAAGCUUGAAUACAUCUGAAUUACGGGCGUGUACGCAUGUUUAUUUUACCCUCGCUAAAUCUGGAUGACUCAACAAGUACUUUCUCUGGGCGUAGGGGGAAAAAUGGGAAGAAAAACGAUCGCCAUGUCUUUACAAGUUUCCCUAAAACUGUCAUUUCAAAACAUGUUGUUUGUUUUUUGUGGUCAUUUUCCCAUUGUAAACUAUGUAGAGAUAUACCACAAACUAUAAAUAAGGAAAAGGAUGAGACUUAAUCAUCCCUUGUUACAGCACGUUAUCUUGCGGCUUUGUAUGGAGUACCCGGGGCGCCAAAUCUGGCAUUACUCGGUAUUCAGAAUCUCAUAUAUUUAAAUAUUAAUUGUUACGCAGGAUUCAAUACGCAUUAAAGAUGAGUCGUUACGCGGGGGUGAGGGGCGUGUUACCCUCAAUGAAAGAAUGUUAUCAAGAUAAUCACAUGACAAGCCUUUUUCACUCUGUCAUUUUGACAUGACAAAUUCAGGUUUUGGUAUACAAGCGUAUUUGCAUGGAAAAUGGUGGUGGUAGAAAAAGCUUACACGUAGAUUUAAAUUUAGGAUUUAUUUGUUGUUGUUUUUUUAUUUAUUAGUUAACGUUUAUCUUGCCAUUUCUUUUUGUAAACUGAAACUUUUGAACACUUUUUUUUAAUAAAAUAGUUAUAUCAUAUCAAGCCCUUUAAUAUUUAACAUUUAUGCUGUUUCAAAGUUAUUGUUAAAAUAUAUAAUAUCAAGCCUUUUUAUUUUUGAACCAUCUAAAGCUUAUGCAUUUAUCAAACUUGAAUAUCUGAUAUUACUUUUGUUUUAUAACGUUUAUAUGUGUUGAUGUGUACAUAUGUGUAUUUUGUGUAAUAAAAACGUGAAAAAAUA